CCGAACUCCCUCUGCUACACCAGGGCACCGAGACAAUCAUCCAGCAACGCAACUGCUCUCCGGUCGGCAUCAGCUAGCUCCUACCAGCAAGCGCACAACAGCUACGACUUCGUUAUACUACCUUGCUUGACGUUCCUUCCUCGCAAACCACAGUACCGAGAGACAUUAGAUCCGCUGGUCAAACCCCCCAUCUACCUACUCAACUCAACUUCCAACAACCAGCUAGCGACGUACCUUUUAAGCACCAGACCAAAACCGAGACCAACCAGCCAGCCAACCAAAACCAACCCGACCCAACCCAAGCCAUUCGAAAUGUCCUUCGACACAAUACUCCCCCCUUACAAUGCCUCGGACCCAACCGCCCGUUUCCUCGCCUCCUCCUGUCUCGAUUUCUUGCUUAUCGAGCUAGUCCCCAUGGCGUACAGGAUAACCAACCAGCUCGACUCUUCUUCCGCAGAACCUUCAGCCUCUUCAGCUGGUGAUGAUGCGCAAAGUACAGCUACUGGACCAGCGCCAGGGGGGCCACAGAGGAAUAGCGUAUUAUCUUCGCGCACAGGGGGACUAAGUGCUGGUGGUGCUGGUGGUGCUGGUAUGUUGGGAGCAGGGUUAGUGGGGGGAGGAGGAGGAGGAGGGGGAGGGAGUGUGACUGGGAGUGUGAGUGCAAAGAAAAUGGAUGAAGAUGAAGAAAGGGAUGCUGUAUUUGCUAGGUUGGAAGGAUUGGGGUAUAGGGUUGGGCAGGGGUUGGUUGAACGAUUCUCCCGCGACCGACCACGCUUCAACGACACGCUGGACGUCAUCAAGUUCCUCUGCAAAGACCUUUGGACGCUUGUGUUUAGGAAACAGGUGGAUAACCUCAAGACGAAUCAUCGGGGCGUAUACGUCCUAACAGAUAACUCCUUCCGCCCACUAUCGCGAAUGUCCGCAGAGACAAGUAGCCAAGCCAUAGCCAGGGCGCAACCGUUCCUUUGGUUUCCCUGCGGUGUGGUCCGCGGCGCCCUCGCGGCAAUGGGCAUCACGGCGACCGUCACGGCCGAGUCAAGCGAGCUUCCUGCGGCGGUGUUCCAGAUCAAGACGGUCAAGACGCAAAACUGAAUGAUUUGCUACUUUCAAUUGUACAUUAGCGAAUGGGGCUUUUAAGCUUUUAUACUCAAAA